UUUGCAACCGAACAUACUACGGUGACGUCAGUAAAACCUAUGAUUUGAAGGUGCUGAAAGCUGCCGAUGCUCGUCUACCUUUUCUGUGCCAUCUCACUUUUACAGCAAAUGGUCAAAGUCAUGGAGACAUUGUACAGUUAAUAUUUGACGAAUUCAAGCUGGGAAGAUACGAACCCUCCGCAUUAGACGGCUGCCCCGACGGCUACAUGCAACUCAGCGAACUCGGACGCCCCUUCACUGGAGGGUCCUGGUGCGGCACCUCCUCAGGACCCGCAGCGUACUACAGCGAGACCUCCACCGUCACCGUCAGCGUCAAACUCUUCGCCUCUCCACAACUACCCUUCGCUUUCCGCCUACGGUACCGCUUCGUAUCCAGACGAGAAGCCGUAGUAAGAUUCGGCUCACCCGCCUCACCUUUAGAAAGAGGACAGGUUGCUCCAGGUACCUAUUGCACCCGCCAGUUUGAAGAAUGCUACCGGAAACCGUGCCGUUUACAGUCACCAAACUACCCAGGGAUGUAUCCGAGGAACGUUUCUUGUUACUGGAGCUUAAAGCAACGGAUCGUGCCAACCUGCAAACACGCCAUGAUAGCCGUGAGACAGGAGGCCGCCCACAAAAUGCACAUGAAGCGGUCGAUUAAUGUGGCCGGUCUGAACAAAACCGCGAGAGCUCUAAGAGCUUGGCGGGACUGUACCGGCGAGAGAGACCACUUAAUAUUUUACGACGGGCUUUCUACGGACGAUCCAGUUUUAGCUAAGUAUUGCGGCGGAGAUUGGCUCCCCAGGGUCGUAUCCAGAGGACCGGAAAUGCUGGUCGCCUUUCAUUCGUCUCCAUUUAGCAUUCCGUUGCACUCGCCACCGUCACAAUCGCCUCUUAAAGGUUUCGAGCUGGACGUUGACAUUAUAUUCGCCGAUUCCGAUUCCAUGGAUUUUGCCCGUCACCGGCAUAAUUGUGAUUUUAAUAUAAACGCUUCGAGUCCGGAUGGAGAUGAGAUAUGGACAGGACGCGGAAGAAAGGGGAGGUUGAUCAGUCCUAAACACUCGCUACCCCCGAACACUACUUGUACGUAUUGGUUUAAAGGGUUUGAGGGUGAUAUUGUUUGGAUCAGUUUUAUUUCGUACAGUCAGCGAGCAUUGCUGAUAGGAGAAGGCGGUCACGCUUUAAUCGGAAACAGCUCCUUUGGAGGAGGAUGUCUUACACGAUUACAAAUAUGGGACAACAGAACGUUGAUAGAAGAUAAAUGUGACGAACCGCCUUUACUAUGCGAUCAUAGCGCUUUAACUAACUCAACCAGAAGCACUCGACCUUGCAGUAAUGACGAAAGUUACAUUUCAACCGAUAAAACUUUGAUUCUGCAACACCAUACCGAAGAUGGUACUGCCUUGCAUCCCGCAUUUUUCAAAGUGAAAUACGAGUUUGUGGAUACUCGAUUGGGAGGUGACUUGUGGUCGAAGAAAGACGCUGGUCCUUGUCACAGGAUAUUUAAGAGACAUCACGUUGGCGAAAUCACCGGACCCCGAAACGUGUUUUUGUUUGGUAGGGGUGGCGCAAGAGAUCUCGAGUGCGUGUAUCGGUUCGAAGCAGGAAUCGAUGAACGAGUGCGGUUAACCAUAAACAACGCUUCGUUCGGGAUUAAUCCGCUGUGCGAGACGGUGCCCGAUCCGCACAGUCGGAGACAAAUAUGCGAGUAUUACAGCGGGGCGAACGUUGCCGAAAUUAAUAUCUACGAAGUGCCGUGGUCGGAUGUUCGCAUGCCUAAAGCUUGCAUCUGCGACAAUUCCACGUUAUCGAACAAUAAAUUAGUUUAUGUGUCGAGCUCGCGUGUCUUGGAACUCCACUUUAAAGCCAGAGAUAUGAAAAUCACCGAGGACUACACGGUGUUGCAUUUCCACGCUGUUUUCGAACUGGAAAAGUUGGCAAACUGUCCAAGAAACCAACGGUUAAGAGGCGACGGAGGCGAAGUGCAAUUCACAAAUCCUCCUUCGGAUCGAACCGAAACAUUAUGCAACGACAUGCCCUGGUUAGUCGAAGCACGGCAUAACAAAAGUUUGUUUUUAUUAAGCUGGGGAGCUUUUCUCCCUUUGAAACCCCGACCAGACGAGCCGCCUAGGUGUCCCACUUCAAACAGAAUCCUAGUUUACACCGGUAAGCCUCAGAAAUUGGUAAAAGCGAUCUGUCCAGGAGAGCCGGGUAUUAAACCUCUGGCAGUGCAUGUUUUCAGCGAAGAAUGGCGAGGGGAAGGUGUAGCGCAUUUAGUGCAACGACCUCCACAGUUCGUGGUAGAGUGGAUCGGUCCUGAACCCGCCGUAGCGGCUUUUAGUUGGUUGGAGAUCUCCCGGUCGCGACACGCUCUUUUAACACAACUACAAGUGCCGGUGAACGCGAGCGCCAACGACACGGAACUCGAGUGCGCGUUCAAGUGUCCGGAACUGGAAGCCUGCAUCAGCGCUUCGUUGUGGUGCGAUGGCAAGGAUCACUGUCCGUCGGGAUUCGACGAGGCCGAAGCGCAGUGCGGUGCGACGUCUAAAUUACUCAAUUCGCUUCCGUUGGCAGCUCUGGCUGCGGGUUUCGCUGUGUUCGCUUCCGUGUUUCUGUUGAUUUGCCUGACGGCGCACAGGUUGCGGGCUCGGAGACGCCGCAAGCUUGCCAAGAAGAAGCUGAUCGCGGGUCCGCGGCUUCUGGAUCCGGGGCUCAAUUCUUGA